GUGUUCUCUGCCCGGGUCUUUCUGAGGCUGCAGCUUGGUGAGGUCUCUGAGAUCCCAGCAUUGCCGGCGUGGUGGGGAGCACAGGUGCUAUGAUCUUUCAUCUGAGGGCAAGGGCCCCAGCAGGACGCUAAAUCGCAUUGGCCGUCUGUGUGGUUCCUGGCAUAGCUGUGCUUCCAGACCCUCUGCGUGCUCACCUCUACCCUGUUCUGUCAAAAAUCUGUACCUUUGAAAGGUUUGUGGUUCGUUUCACUUCCCAGCGUCUUCAGGUGGACAUCGACGUUGAGUCUGGGGCUCCAGACCAAAGCCGCACGGUCAAGAUAACCAGCAGUUUCCUCUACGACACAAAUACUGAGGUGCGAGAAGAAGCACAGGCUCUUCCGGGACCCCAGCCCAGAAAAGUGAAACAGUGUUGCCAGGCAGACCUGGGCUCCAGGGAAAGUGCCCUCGCUUCCAGACGUGCGCCAGCAGCACCGCAGUCAACUUCAGGACAUUUUCAUGACCUCGGAAGAAACCUGCGCCUUCCAGCUGUCACCACCCAUUCCCCGGUCCCCACCCAACCCUAAGAAAUGGCCAGUCUGUUUUGUGCCCACAGAUUUCCCUGUCCUGAACGUUUCGUACAAAGGACGUCCCAGAGCGUGUGUCCGCUGCGCCGGGGCUUCCUUCGCUGCGGGCGUUUUUCAGGCUCGUGCCCUUUGUAGCGGGAAUCAGUACUUUACUCCUUGCUUAUGGCCCAACACACUCCCUUGUGGGGGUGACCACAGUGGUUGCCUGCUCCUCGGUCGACGGCAUUUGGCUUUUCCUACCUUUCGGCUGUUGUGCAUGGGGCCCCGUAAAUACACAGGAACAGGUUUUCACGGGGACGUCUGUCUGCCUUGCUCGUGGGCCGGUACCGGAGGCGAGCGUCUGGGUCACGUGGUAACCGCGGCGAGUGUUUCCGGAGCUCUCAGCGACCUGCCCGCUGGGUGCGGGUUUACGCCCCUGCCCGCGGGCCUGUCUGACCUUUGGUUCUACCACCCUAGCGGAUGGGAAGCGGAAAACUGGUUUCCCCAGGGACCUCUCCCCGCAGCGGCCCAGGUCACACACAGUGACCUGCGGCCACUGGACCUCGGAGGGGCCCCAGCCAUCCUUGACUUCCGGACCGACCUCUCCCGCCUGGACCACGGUCUGCGGUCCCCUCCCCGCGUUCUCACAAGAGGAGGAAGAGGCCGUGUUCAGGGCGGGGGCCCCUCCUUCGGGCAGUUUUCCUUCUGGGUGGCUCUCUCCCUGUGCCUCCCAGGCGGUCAGGAUAAAAGUCCACCUGGGGACCUGACAUCCUCGCGACAUGGCCUUCAUGGGCCCCUCCGGUGUCACACCACAUGUAUCUCCACGGAUGUCCUGCUCUGUCACACCGGCCUCUGAGCCUUUGCACCCUCUGUUCCCUCUGCCUGUUGUGCUCCUCCACCUUGGCUGGCUGGGUCCUUCCCGUCCGUACAGCUCAGCACCUCCUCCGUGGGGACCUCCCAGACCCCUCCUCAGUGGUCCCGCAGCACCGCAGCUUUGGCCAUGUGUUUGUCUGCUCUGCAGACAUAGCUCAGCACAUGGUAGGUGUUCAAUAAAUGUUUGCUAAAUAAAUAAGUAAAUGAAGAAUAAAUAAAUCUGUAA